UAACGCCUAACAGUCUAGUGAAGUUGUUAGUGGGUCGCUUCGAGCAAGAGAUUGCUUAGACCAACGGAUUUCAUCGUUUAGUUUUUCACCUAUUGAGUUGGUAGAUAAGCAUCUUGAUUCGUAUUGAUUUAUUGAAAACAUGGAUGAGUGUUUUCAAGAUAAGGGGCCAAGUGAACCUUUACUAGAACAGAAAGAAGCAGCAGUGGAACAUGUAAGCUCUGAGCUUGAAGACAUAUUGUCCGACACAAGAUUGUCGCAUUUUCAGCGGCUUGGACGGGCAUCUGCCGUUGAAUUCAGAAAUCUGUUUCGACUAGCAGCUCCAGCAAUCAUUGUUUAUUUGCUCAAUAAUGUUACUUCUAUGUCUACUCAAAUAUUCUGUGGUCAUCUUGGUAAUCUUGAACUUGCUGCUGCUUCACUUGGCAAUGAAGGUAUUCAACUCUUGGCCUAUGGCGUCAUGUUAGGGAUGGGGAGUGCAGUGGAGACACUAUGUGGACAAGCAUAUGGAGCUCACAAGUAUGAAACAUUGGGAAUAUAUCUUCAAAGAUCGACAAUUCUGCUUAUGUUAUCUGGAAUACCGAUUAUGGUGGCUUACUUAUUUUCAAAGCCAAUUUUAAUCUUACUAGGAGAAUCAGAGAAAGUUGCAUCAGCAGCUGCAUUAUUCGUUUAUGGUUUAAUUCCUCAAAUAUUUGCUUACGCUGCCAAUUUCCCCAUACAAAAGUUCUUGCAAGCCCAGAGCAUCGUGAAUCCUAGUGCAUAUAUAGCAGCAGCCGCAUUAGUCCUACAUCUUUUCCUAACAUGGAUUGUACUUUAUGUAUUCAAGUGGGGAUUAUUCGGAGGAGCAAUGGUUCUAAGUAUUUCAUGGUGGAUAGUAGUCGUUGCGCAAUUUAUGUACAUAUUGCAGAGCGAUAAAUGUAAGAAAACGUGGAAUGGAUUUAGUUCGCAAGCGUUUUCAGGGCUGUGGGAUUUUUAUAAGUUGUCAGCUGCUUCAUCUGUGAUGUUGUGCUUGGAGACUUGGUACUUUCAGAUUUUAGUUUUAGUUGCUGGUUUGCUUCCAAAUCCUGAAGUGGCAUUAGACUCUCUAGCUGUUUGUAAUACAAUUCUUGGAUGGGUGUUCAUGAUAGCUGCUGGGUUCAAUGCGGCAGCAAGUGUGAGGGUGAGCAAUGAGUUGGGAGCAGGGCAUCCGAAAUCGGCCUCAUUUUCAGUUUUGGUGGUGACAUUAAGCUCAUUUGUGAUUGCUGUAGUGGCAGCCAUAAUAGUGAUGAUGUUUCGCGAUGUGAUGAGUUAUGCAUUCACUGGAGGCGAAACUAUUGCUAAAGCAACUUCAGAACUUGCACCACUCUUGGCUGCCUCUAUAAUUCUUAAUGGCAUUCAGCCUGUUUUAUCUGGGGUGGCUGUUGGGUGUGGAUGGCAAGGUUUUGUGGCAUACGUUAACGUGGGAUGUUACUACGUAGUUGGUAUUCCAUUGGGUGCUCUUCUUGGGUUUCACUUCAAACUCGAAGCUAAGGGAUUAUGGCUGGGCAUGUUUGGUGGAACAGCAAUGCAAACUCUUAUCUUAGUAUGGGCCACUUGUACAACCAAUUGGGAAGAAGAGGUGGAGAAAGCAAAAAAUCGAUUAGUUAAGUGGCAAGACAGCAGUAAAAAACCAUUAUUAAAUGAAUCAUAAG